CGCCGCUCACUCCCCCCGUGACGGGCGUCCCGGCGGCACCGGGCAGCGCCGCGGGGGCGUCCGCGCCGCCGCUCCCGCCCCGGCCCCACGGCUCGGCCCCGCUGCCGCCGCCAUGAGCGGCCCCUACCCGGAGGAGAGCUGCGCCGAGCGCCCCGAGUGCAAAAGUAAAUCGCCAACUUUGCUGUCCUCCUACUGCAUCGACAGCAUCCUGGGCCGGCGGAGCCCCUGCAAGGUGCGGCUGCUCGGUACCGCGCCCACCCUGCCCGCCAUCGCCGCCCGUCCCGACACCGACAAGGCCGCGCAAGGGUCCCCUAAGGCCAGUCCCCCCUUCGAGCCGGCCGAGCUGCACCUUCCCCCCAAGCUGCGCCGGCUUUACGGGCCGGGCGGGGGCCGGCUGCUGCCGCCGCGGGCGGCGGGGCCUCGGGGGGACCGGACGGAGGGGCGACCGGAGGGGGGCGCGGGCCCCGUGCCCGCUGCCGCGCCGUGGGACACGCUGAAGAUCAGCCAGGCGCCCCAGGUCAGCAUCAGCCGCAGCAAAAGCUACCGUGAGAACGCGCCCUUCGUGGCGCCGCCGCCCGCCCGGGACGAGCUGGGCAGCCCCGCCGCGCACGUCGAGGAACGGCCGGGCCCUGCCGCGCCGGCCGCGGAGGAGGAAGAGGAGGAAGAGGACGAAGAGAUGCUGGAGGAGGACGAGGACGAGGAGGAAGAGGAGCUGGAGGACGACGAGGAGGAGGAGCUGCUGGGCGAGGACGGCGGGGGGCUGCUGAAGGAUGCCCGCCGGGGCGCCACCGCGGCCCCCGGGGCGGAGGGCGGGGAUCUGUCCCCCAAGGAGGAGCUGCUGCUGCACCCCGAGGACGGCGAGGGCAAGGACGGCGAGGAGAGCGUGUGCCUCUCGGCCGGCAGCGACUCCGAGGAGGGGCUGCUCAAGAGGAAGCAGCGCCGCUAUCGUACCACCUUCACUAGCUACCAGCUGGAGGAGCUGGAGAGGGCCUUCCAGAAAACCCACUACCCCGACGUCUUCACCAGGGAGGAGCUGGCCAUGAGGCUCGAUCUGACAGAAGCCCGAGUGCAGGUAUGGUUCCAGAACCGUAGGGCUAAGUGGCGGAAGAGGGAAAAGGCUGGGGCUCAGACACACCCCCCAGGCUCUUUUCCACCAUGUCCCCCCUGGGCAGCGCCUCCAGCGCCGCGGCGCUGCUGCGGCAGCCGGCGCCGGCCGCCGAGGGCGCGGUGGGCUCGGCGGGGCUGGGGGACCCGGCCAGUGCCGCCGCCGACCGGCGGGCGUCCAGCAUCGCCGCCCUGCGGCUGAAGGCCAAGGAACACGCGGCCCAGCUCACCCAGCUCAACAUCCUCCCCGGGAACAGCACGGGGAAAGAGGUGUGCUAAGGCACGGCUGCCGGCCGCGGGGUGCGGGUCAGGGUUUUUUUUAGGGGGGAGAGAGAAAAAGAGGGAGAGUAAAUAGGCGAAUCAAUAAAGGUCACCUCAGACAGCAUGAAUCAAGACCAAACGGGGGGAAAAAUAAUAAUGAUUUUUUUAAAAAGGAGGACCAGCAGCUGAGACUGUAGUAGGUCCUCUCGUUAGGAACUUGGGGAAAGUGAAUGCCUCUCGCAUCAGCCCUCACACGAGUGAAACGACACUUAAAACCUCCUGAAUAAGUAACUCCUUGGCUGGUACAUUUCUUAAAUGUACGACGUGUCCAUUUCCUCUGUGAACAUAAGGGGGGAAAAAGUAAAAAAAAAAAAAAAAAAAGAAAAAAAAAAAAGAAAAAACCCUAAUAAAAGUUACUCUAUAUUAGCGUUUCGUACACGAAAUAUUUUUCCUUCUGUUUAUCUGGCAAGAAAAAAAAAGAAAGAAAUAGAAUUUAAUCAAGAAAGUGAAACAAAAAACAAUAGAGAAGCUAAGAGAGGGGGAAAGCUACCCACAUCUUCUUAAAAUAGCAUCCUAGGAUGUUAAGGUGGUCAGUUAGAAGCGCUGGAGAACUAUUUUACAUGUUGCAACGAGCUGCAUAUGCUAACCAAGGAUGCUGACAGUGCAAACUGAAAGUAAAUUUGAUGCUGUAAGAUAACCAGUGCACUUAGGGGAAAGGGUAUAUCUUUUUCUUGUUAUAUUCUUUAUCACUACACCAACCAAGGUUUUUAUAUCAAACCAAAGCGAAAUACACUGCUAGAAUAUGGACUGUUUAAGUCACUAAACUGUGAUUAUUAAUUCUGUACAUACCAUUGUUAUAAAAAAAUGAACAGAGCUUUGUAUAUUUGAAAAGUUAUAAAACAAUUGCACUCAGUGUAGUGUUGUAAAAGUUUGUCAUUCUGUAGAUUCUUACUGUGUUGUAGAUAUAAUAGGGUUCCUAGACAAAUAUUUAUGUACAAACUCUUUAUUUAACUUAUUAACUGUAGAGGUUUCUGAAACCCUCAAGAGGCGAUGGUACAGUA